UGAUACAGCAACAUGGCCGCUGAAAGUGUUGUCGAUCUGCGACACAAGUUAAAACAUCAAUCAAAGCCUGCUAAAUCAGUCAAAAAGCGCAACUCAGGGGGUGAAUAUGAUACUAUGUAUGCAGAUUUUUACCAACCAUCGUCGAGGUAUGAAGAUCACGUCAAAAACGAACGCGAGGACGAGUUACGUAAACUUGACGACAGUAUUCAGCAACGUCGGCUCUUCUCAACAGCGCAGUGCGAAGAGAUCGAGAGGAAAAUUGACGAGGUUGUUGCUGAAGCCGAAGCAGGGGUAUACAAAGAUUGCACCGUUGAUCGAGCACCAUUGAGAAAUAAAUAUUUCUUUGGCGAAGGGUACACCUACGGAUCCCAGAUGGCAAAGAAAGGGCCUGGUCAGGAGAGGCUUUAUCCGAAGGGGAAUGUAGACGAAGUACCCAAGUGGAUAGAGAAACUUGUGAUAAACCCCUUAUAUGACGCUGAUAUUGUCCCCAGGGGCUUCGUCAACAGUGCUGUGAUCAAUGACUAUAUGCCUGGGGGAUGCAUCGUCUCGCACAUUGAUCCACCUCACAUAUUUGACCGCCCCAUAUUUUCUGUAUCUUUUUUUAGUGACAGCGCUCUGAGCUUUGGUUGCAGGUUCUCCUUCAAACCGAUCAGAGUGUCAAAGCCAGUCCUUACUUUGCCUAUUCAGCGAGGAUGUGUUACAGUCCUAAGUGGCUAUGCAGCUGAUGGCAUUACUCACUGCAUCCGACCUCAAGAUGUUGUUGCAAGGCGUGCAGUCAUUAUUUUGAGAAGAGUUUUACCUGAUGCACCUAGACUGGAUGAUGACCGAUCUUUUACACGGAAACGUCAACAUGCGAGUGAUGAAUCUAACAGUGAAGAUGAAAAUCAAAGUCACACCUACAGAGUAGUCAUGCCACGUGCAGAAUCUGCAAAGAGCCAGAAGCUUAAUCAAAAGCCUCCUAAAGUAAACUCUAAGGUGAUUUGCUUGAGUCACGGUAAUGGAGACAAGGAGGAGAAUAAUGAUUCAUGUGAGGAGGACACAGCCUCAUCCACCACAAAGAUUGAGCGUGAAGUUAGAUUCUCCAACUGGAAGUCGUAACCUGUUUCUCAUCAAGUGCUUUACCCAGUAAAUAGUGUCAAACUUUGUCAAGUGCCAAGUGUUGGAGACAGUUGUGUCUAGUUGGAACAUACUUUGCCUGGUUUUUGAGGUUUUAUUUUGUUUGUGUGAUUUUUUGUUAUGAAGCAAGCAGUGAAAAAUAUGGUUGAUGUGUCUGACAAACCUGUCAGUACUUUAUAUCCAUAUUCAUCUUGACAUGUUUCAAAUACAUUGCAGUCAAACUGAUAGACAUCAAGUGUUUGACAGCAUAGGCAUUGGUUACUUAUACCUACGAGGCAUUCCUGUUUUUCAAGAUUUACCUAUUUACUUUCAUCAUCUUCAUCUGCUGUGUCUGUCCAUAUGGGUUUCCACAGUUGUAUGUUAUUACUAAUUAUAUAUUUGCUCUGAAUUAUUUCCCACUUCCCCACGUCCAUUGUGUACUUACAAAAGUAUUGGAAGAUAAUAUCAUAUUUAGUUGGCUUGUCAUAGCAAGUGAUGUAUCACAAGGUAUGUUCCAACACUGUUUUGAAGUCACAAAUACAGAACAUUGUUUAUUGAUCUGCAUAUCCAUACAUGAUGUUAAUGAUCUAAAGGGCUGUCAUUGGUUCGAUAUUUCAAUAUCAAUAUAUCAUAUGCCAAAUUUUAUGUUUUAAUGCUUUGUUUUACAUUAUUUCAUUGAAUGCAGUAUUAUUAUUAAAAUUCCUCAGAAUGUAAGAAGAUAAGACUUUUUAAAAAAUCCAAUCUUUUUCAAUUUACCUGCCAAAGGCACUUAGUUUAGAAUCACAGAUAAGUCCCUUGUAUAUCUCAAUGCAUAUAUGAGUGAUAUCAAAGAGAGUGUUAGAAUCUGGCAUUAGUCCCAUGUCCAACACAAAUUUUCUCAAUAGUAAGCAAUGUUAAACAUGCUAAAUGUGUUCAUAGGACUAAUAUUAAAUACUGCGUUUAAUCAUGUUAAUUAAAUUUCUCUUUAUACAUUAUGAUUUACAAGGACAAGUGAUUCAACAUUCAGCUGCUGUAUUCAAGAAGUACACACACAAUGAAUGUGUGGUAACAUAGUUAAUAUUUCAAUCUUUGCAUUCAUAUUAUUAUGUAUCAGUUGAGUAUGGAUAUGUAGAUAUCGUGAUAUCAGUGACAGCCCUCCUCCUGUGAUGUACAUAUUUGUGGUUAUCUACUACAGUGUUGUUGUUAGAAACUCCUGAUUGCAUAAUUCCCUCAUGGCAGCAGUGUGAUGUUUUUGUGUGGAGGCUGAAGAAAACAUUCUUGGUUCUUACGCAUCUUGCAUGCAGCAACAACUAAAGUCAUGCACAGCAGUCUUUUGUUUUUGUUUUCCUGGGCACACAAUUUCAUGCUGAAAGAAAUUAGCCAAAGUGUUUGCAUAAGAACCAAUUUGUUAUUGUUUUUUUCUUCCUGAUUGCUGAGGACAGUCCAAGCACCAUUGAUGUCUCUGUUAAUGGAAUUGAUAUGGUAAUAGUAUGAAAUAAAAUGUAUAUGUCAGUUAAUACCCAAAUAUUGUACCUGUUGACCGGGUGAUACGUUGUAAGGAUUUCAGCUUCACAUAAUUUCAAGAUCGUUAGUGAUGUUUGAGAGGUACAAUGUUUUUCUUACCUUGAUCACCAGGUGUGACAUUACACCUUCAAUAGUAUUACCAUAUUCGGCGUAAUAAGCGCCCACAGCGAUAUUUGCUAAUAUACUGACUAGUGAACAAUCCCAAUUGGCACCCUUCCGAUUUAUCAAUGUACACAAGAUUUAUUUAUUCGUGUAUAAUACGUACUUGU